ACACACUUGAUCACUAGUUAGCAAAUAAACAGAGAACCAUGGCUUCCCGUUUUGCUACACUGCUUGCAGUGCUAGCAGUUGUGGGCUUUGCUUCAGUUCCCCGUGGUGGUCUGGCAACUGACCCGACCCAGCUCCAGGACUUCUGCGUUGCUGAUAACAACAACCUUGCAGUGCUGGUGAAUGGUGUGGUUUGCAAGAACCCGAAGGUGGUGAAGGCAAACGACUUCUUCUUCCACAUAGAGCCGAUGGCAGCAAACGCGCAGGGCUCAGCCGUGACGCCGGUGGCGGUGACGGAGAUCCCGGGGCUGAACACGCUGGGCAUCUCGCUGGCGCGCAUCGACUUCGUCCCCGGCGGGCAGAACCCGCCGCACACGCACCCUCGCGGGUCGGAGAUCCUGACGGUGAUCCAGGGCACGCUCCUGGUGGGCUUCGUCACCUCCAACCAGCUGCUCAACAACACGCUCUUCACCAAGCAGCUGGUCAUGGGCGACGUGUUCGUCUUCCCGCAGGGGCUCAUCCACUUCCAGCUCAACAACGGCAAGACCCCCGCCGUGGCCAUCGCCGCGCUCAGCAGCCAGAACCCCGGCACCAUCACCAUCGCCAACGCCGUGUUCGGCGCCAAGCCGCCCAUCCUCGACGAGAUCCUCGCCAGGGCCUUCAUGCUCGAGAAGGCCACCGUCGACUGGGUCCAGCAGGCGUUCGGCGCGGCACCAGUGGCAGGCGGCGGCGGCGGCGGCGGCUAUCCUGGCGGUGGCCUGCCGGGUGGCGGCGGCUAUCCUGGCGGCAACGGUACCGGCGGCGGCUAUCCGGGGUACCCUGGCCGUGGCUGAUCUGUACGCUGGUGGCUCAGCGUCGGCGGCACAAGUGCAGCCGCGCGCGCGGGUCAGGCAGCCAUUACAAGUAUUGAUAUGAAUAAUUUGUACCACACACCAACACAGUACCAAUGCGGGCGUUUGUGUUGAUCGAGCAGUAGCAGUAGCUCGAUCGGGUUGAAUAAUUGUGGCAAAACCGCACCAAGUGUACUGCAAUCUCUUUUACUGUUUCCUCUAUAUAUGAAAUGAAAUUGGAAGUUUCAGUGUUUGAUCUA